AUGGACAUAGAAAACCAACAUCGUAAUUUCUACGGGAAAGCGUUGCCAAUAUACAGCCUGGUUGUAAACGAGCAUUUAGACCGGUCAGAUCACGUGCGUGCUGUGUGGGGAGGGGACGCCAUCACUGGAAGCCUAAAUAGGGACUUGACGUUUUAUCCGCCACGACGUCAAUUUCAGACAUCAUGGGUAGAACCACCACACACUUUAGACGGAGACUCCCCCGGCAGUUCUUCCAACCGGAAGGUGCAAGUGAGGGACAGCACGGGCGCUCUAAAGUUGUGGCUCGUGCAACACCGGAAGAACCCGUAUCCAAGCAAACCGGAGAAAAUCAUGUUGGCGAUCCUAUCGCGCAUGACCUUGAUUCAGGUGUCCACGUGGUUUGCGAAUGCCAGGCGGCGCCUCAAAAAGGAAUAUGCAGAGGAGCAGUUCUACUCGGCAGGUCGGGCGGCGGCAGGGGAGAGCGGGUCCCCAUCAGUGGAGGGCACUUUGCAAUAG